AUGGGUACAACACCUCAACACAACAGCGAAGAAUGCACAUCCUCAAGUACUUCUCGAGACAAAGAAGACAACAUAGUCGACAACAAUGACAACAUUGGACUCACUACAAUGGCAAACGACCCCAUUCAACUACGACGACCCCGCCAUGCCUAUGAAGCAUAUUCAAGCAGCUAUUCAGCCCAUGGAUCGCAAUCUGAUAUCCAAGAUGACUCUGAUUCCAAUUACGAAGGAGGAUCGAGACAGCAAUCGGCAAGUCCUAGUAUCUUGUCACCGUCAUCGUUACGAGAUCAUACCGACCAAGGCACGAACGACAAGACACGACUAUUGUACUGUUUACGCGCACGUGACAAGCGACCACGAGAAGACAAUGACACCAAUACCCAAUAUCAAACGACACACAUGUCUUCAUUGAGAUCCAGUGCAACUGUCAGUGCCAUCAUUAGCAGCAGCGAGGACGAUGAUGAAGAUGAAGAUGAAUUUGGAUAUCCUUAUACUGCACCACCACUCAGGAAGAAACCUAGGCUCGAACAACAGCAACUUGAUGUUGUCAAUGCAUCCUCAAUACCAUUCAUCGACCAAGUAUCACCUAAACCACUUUCCAACCUUGACCAAUCCACCACCGAUCGUGAUCAAUUCCGAUAUUCGCUUAUGGAUCCCAAUGAAGCCAUCGAAUUUUUGACCAGAGUCAAGUAUGCGCUGGAUCCAGGAGAGUACAAUCGAUUUCUUGAUAUCAUGCGUGCAGCCAAAAGUGAUAGUCUGCCUACUGCACAAAUUGUCGAUUCAAUCUCCAAAAUAUUUCGAGGACAACGUGAGCUUGUUGUGGGUUUCAAUCGCUUUUUACCUCCAGGCUAUCGCAUCAUCUACAUUCCUGGUAUAGACCAUAAACACCACGAGGCGGAAGCAGAACUUCUUUUGGAUGAGUUUAAAGACCAUCGAGGACCUUUCGAGUUUCAAUUGGCUUACAACUUUAUGAUCAUGCUCAAGAAACAAUUGGCUAACAAGCCCGAUGUAUAUGGGAGCUUUGUGAAGACGUUGAAGGAUUAUGAAGCAAAACGUUUGAAUGGCAAGGAUGUAUUUGACAUCGUAAAGAAGCUAUUUGCCGAUGAGCCGAAGUUGAUUCGAGAAUUCAAAAAGUUUAUCACUCAUUCUGAUGGCGAAGGAGAAUCGAUUGAUGCGCUUGGCGAAGUUUAUGCACUGAAGAGAAAACAGCGAAGGCAAUUAUCGCUAGAAGAAGAGAUGGCUCUUGUAUUGGAGAAUGGUCAAUUUUUCGAGCGUGUACGGCGGUAUAUCAACAACCAGGUCUCACACCAAUGCUUUCUCGAGCUCGUCAACCUUUUCAACCAAGGCAUUAUCGGUGUUAAGGCGACAAUCAAAAAGGCGGCCGACUUCCUUAAAGGAGACCCAGCAUUAUUGGACGAGUUCAAGCAUCUCAUCUCAUAUGGUGCUACUAUGCCUGUCGCUGAUGGUGUAAUGAAGACCAAUGGUCACACAAACCCUGCACAGACCAUUACGAAGAGCAAGGACAGCAAACGAGAAAAGCGAACAAGGAUGAAGUUAUCGAAUGAUCCUGGUCCAAGCUAUCGAUUAAUAUCAAAGCAGGCCGAUAGUCCAACGUGUUCAGGGCGUGAUGCGCUUUGCAGUCAAGUAUUGAAUGACAACUAUGCGUCGCAUCCGAUUUGGGCGAGUGAAGAUGGUGGAUUUAUUGCAUCAAAGAAGAACCAAGCUGAAGAGAAUCUCCACAAAGUUGAAGAGCAACGAUAUAAUUUGGAUCGAUUGAUUGAUUCGGGAACCAAUCUGCUCGGCUUGUUGACACAAAUGUCGGAUGCCAUGGCGAAGCUUUCACCCAAACAGCGAUCAAAAUAUGAACCUCCAGCAUUUCUCGGUGCAGGCACCAUGAUGGCCUACAAACUUGCCAUCGAACGAUUAUACCCCAAGGAGGCCAAUAAGAUUGCUGAACUACUACAAGCCAACCCAUCACAAACCGUUUCCCCUGUACUCAAGCUGCUAAAGACAAAGCUGGAAGAAUGGAAAAAGAAAAAGGCCAGCUCAGAAAAGGCAUGGAAAGAAGCUGAAAGGGAUAGCUAUUACAAGGCUCUCGACAUUAGCAGCGGAUCCUUCAAGAACAUCGACAAAAAGAUCAUCAGCAACAAAUCACUGAUAACCGAGAUUGAGUGUUUGCAUUUCGAACGGCGUGAUGAUACUCGUACCGACCCGCCACACAUGACAUUCCAUGUUUGUGAUCGCAAUGUUGUCAGUGAUAUCGGAGAGCUUUUAUCACUUUACAUCACGUCUCGCAUGGAUUACGGCCUCAACACCAUCAGGACCAUGAAGAAGUUUAUAUCCAAGUUUAUCAACUCCUUUAUGAGCGGCUCUCCACCAUCACCAAAAGACGAAAACCAGAACAAAGUAAACGGAUUUGUGGCAAACGAUACCCUCUAUUGCUUUACGCGUCUAUUCCAGAUUCUCUAUGAACGAUUCGAGACGAUGAAAGACAUAGCCAAAAGAUAUGAUCAGGACCCUGAAGGCACCAAGGAGAGAUAUCGUGCUGAGCUUGACGUGAAGGUCAAAAAAGUGAAACAUAAUGGUGUGAACCUUACAUUUUCGGAAGGCUAUUACGCUACGCUACUCGACCUCGUCCGAGAAAUGAUUCGCAACGGCAUUGAUCCUGGUGAUUUUGAAGCAUGCGCACGUUACAUCUUUGGUGUGGAAGGCUAUAAGCUGUUUACAGUGGAUAAGGUGCUCCAUGCUUUAUGUCUCCAAGCCAAUCACGCGGUGACGGAUCCUGAUUCACGUGACCUGAUGAAGCUUUACGCUGACGAGGGUGAAGGAUUACCAUCGGCUACAUUGGAUACCGUGUCAUAUUAUUAUCUCAAAGCCAAAGAGAUCCAAUCCAAAACUUCUCGAUUGUAUAUUCUAUUUGCAUUCACGACUCCUGAAGAAGCAAACAAGUGUACAGUAUCCAUCACGCUUAUGACGCCUGAAGAUGAAAUUGGCAAUGAGAGGAUCAAAAGCUAUGAAGACUAUGUGGCAGCAUUCAAGAAUAUGGGAGAGGAGACAUCUACAACUACUACUACUACUGUACUGGGUAAUCAUGCUCGACCUCCGUUUCUCCGGCGUAACUUGCAAUCGAUACCCCCUGGCGACGUGGAUACUCAUAGUGGGCUUGAACACAAGAUAUGUCUACAUACCUACAAGUUGUUUUAUGUCAUUGGGACCGAAGAUUACAUGUACAUGCCACGACGACGAGAGCGAACAGGGCAAUAA